UCCAAAAAUUCCAAAUCUUUGGAGAAGAAGACUAUUCAGCUUGAGCCAACUUAGUAUCCAAAUCUCCUGAAAUAAUAUGGAACAUCAAGGAUUAAGCGCUUAUAUGAGGAGAAUCCUCCUUCUGAUAAACUGUUUGAUUCUUGCUGUUGGUAUUUGUGGUGGUCCUCUAAUGAUGCGUUUAUAUUAUGUCGAGGGAGGCUCAAGAAUAUGGCUUAGCAGUUGGUUACAAACUGGUGGAUGGCCACUCACCCUUGUACCUCUUGCACUUCUAUACUUGUAUCGUCGAAAAAUCAAGGGCCCUGAUGCCAAGUUUUACUUUAUAACACCCCGAAUUUUCAUUGCAUCAUUCAUCAUUGGCAUUGCCACUGGAGUUGAUGAUUUUCUCUAUUCUUGGGGCGGGUCAAAACUCCCUGUGUCAACCUCUUCACUUCUUCUCGCCGCUCAACUUGCCUUCACGGCAAUAGGUGCUUUCUUCAUAGUGAAGCUAAAGUUCUCACCCUACUCUACUAAUGCAGUGGUUCUAUUGACAGUUGGUGCUAUUUUAUUAGGUAUUCGGGCUAAUGGUGAUCGGCCAGAAGGUGUGACAAGUAAAGCCUAUAUUCUUGGGUUUAUUAUGACACUUUUGGCCGCAGCUUUAUAUGGAGUCAUUUUGCCUUGUAUUGAGCUGAUGUACUUGAAGGCAAAGCAAGCCAUUACUGCUACGUUAGUGCUGGAGAUCCAGAUGGUCAUGUGUUUUGCUGCUACUGCAUUUUGCACCGUAGGAAUGAUAGCUAAUAAGGAUUUUCAGGCAAUGUCAAGGGAGGCAAAACAAUUUAACUUAGGAGAAGCGAGAUAUUAUACAGUGAUUGUAUGGACUGCCAUUAUUUGGCAAUGCUUCUUUGUGGGUGUUAUUGGAGUUAUUUACUGCUCUUCUUCUUUGAUGUCUGGUGUUAUGAUAGCAGUUCUACUCCCUGUUACUGAGGUAUUAGCUGUAAUUUUUUUCAACGAAAAGUUUUCAGGUGAAAAGGGACUUGCUUUGUUCCUUUCUCUUUGGGGUUUCGUCUCAUACUUCUAUGGAGAGUUCAGACAAACAAAGAAGCAAAAGAAUAAGAGUUCAGAAACUGAGAUCAUGGCAACGACGCAUACUGAAUCUGUUUGAUUUAUUAUUCAUAGUUGUAGGGUAAAGACUUAAGUUAUUUUUUUGCAUAAAAUACGUAUGCUGUUUUCCUUUUAAAACUACUUUAUUUCAAGUUAGUUUAAAUACUUGUCUCCUGUCUCCUUUAUUUGAAACUUUUGAUGUUGCUCUUAAAUAUGUACUACAGUACUUAAAAGA